AGUUUUUCGUUCACACUCCGCACUGCUGGUUGUGUCUGUUUGUUGUUGCUGUCGUCGCUCGCUGUUGCCGUCGUUCUCCUCGUCGUCGUCGUUGUCGUUGUUGUCGUCGCCGUGUGCUCGUGGUUGUCGCUGCUGUUGCUGCUUGCUGAGCAAACGAAAAGCUACAUAUACCAAAGUAAGCGACAGCGCGAAACGUAUCAAAACGUAAAAUCGUCCGCGUGUUGAAAAUCAUUGUAUUUAAACACGGCAAAUAAAUGUAAAGGUGCAACGUUUAUUUAACAAAAUAAGCCAAGCAUCGUCACAAACGGCGAGUCUCGUCUCCAGUUGGAAGUUAUGACAACAAUAACAACAACGAAAGCAACAACCAUACCCGAAAUCUUUAGCACGCAGUUUCUGCCGUCGCGCGACGCAACAAUGCGUUAACGUUACGUUACGUUGCCGUUGUCGCUUACGUUUUCUCUGUUCGCUGCGCUCUCUUUUUGCGUGUGUGCCGUACUCUCUUUCGCUCUUUCGCCGCCGCUGUAGGUUUUGCCGGCGACUCCAUUUACUACUACGACAACGUCGACGACGAAGACACACUCACUCAACUCAGUCAGCAGAGGGCAGCGAAUCGGGCAGAGCACAACACUCUCAGCCAGCACUCACUUUGCGUUUACGUCGUGGCCCAUGAAGUUCGUUUAGCUCGCGCGCUUCGCCCGCCGCAUUAAAAAAUAUGUGUGAAAACUGAUGGAAAGAAAAAAUAAAAAAAAAAAGAAAAGAACUGCACACACAAUAACAGCAACAAAUAAUUGAGGACAGCUAAACACAGUACAAGCGCGGGGGCAUCAACAACAACAAUUAUGUGAUAUCUACAACAAAUAAUUUACUUUUUUUUGUGCUUUACUGCUUGCUCUGCUGACGUCACACAGCGCCAGAGAAACGCAAAGAAAAUAAACUUGCGCAAAACGUGAGAAGAAGAAGAAGUACGAAGAAAAACGUAGUGAAUACAAAAUGAAAUUGAACAUGAUGAAAAACGCAAAAAAUAUGAAACGUGUGUGAUAUUAAAUGAGCGCGACGACGACAGCGGCAGCAGCAGCGGUAACAAAAACAACAGUAGAAGCAGCAGCAACUACAACACACCAGCACCAGCGACGUUGGCAGCAGCAGCGACGACGACGACGCAGGCCAGGCGACGGCAGCAGCAGCGCGGCAGCGGCUUCAAGCAUUUGUGCUUUGCUGGGUUGUUCGUCGUGAUACUAUAUGUUAAACAACAACAAAAAUAAGCGAAGAAAUUCCGAUUUAGAUGUGAAGAGAAUCCCUAGGUGCUAAUUUAGUUGAUAAGCGCAAACAAAAAGUACAAUAAAGAAAAAAAACAACAAGAAAAUACACUCACACACACCGCAACCAAUACACACACAUCUGGCAACAAUUUCGAACUAGGUGGCAACAUUUUUAGCGAGCGCGCUUAAAAGUAUGCUACACAAAAUUACGGGCGAUCGCCGCGCUGCCAGGCCAACGUAGCAAAAAGCAAAAGACAUAAAAGAAACGACUAAACUGUAAACGAGAAGAAGCAGAAGAAGGAGGAGGAAGAGGCAGAGGAGUGAAGAGUAGAUAGAGAGCAGAGCGCUAGCAAAAUACUAUUUUUGUACAACUGCAGGCAGCGGCGACUGCGAAAUGUCGAAAUAUUUAACAACCACCGCCGCGCCCAACAGCCACAGCAAUAACAACAGCAGCACACAACGUCAACAGCAACUUUAUGGAGUUGGUGGCGGCAAUUCGCAGGUGGUACGAAAGCUCAGCUAUGAGCUGCUGGGCAACAACAACAACAAUAACAGCAGUCACAACAAUAACAAUAAUAAUAUUGUGAUCAAAAAUGAAAAGCUGCUGGACAUUGAUUACGAGCAACACGCUGGUGGCAACCACAACGAUAACAGCAGCAACAGCGGCGUUGGCGUCGCUGCACACCUGCGAGAUCACGUCUACAUAAGUCUGAGCAAGGGCGCAACAACAACAUCCACAGUUAUUGCCGAAGCAACGAGCACACAUCAACAUCCACAACAUCCACAGCAGCAACAGCAUCGCAGUGGCGGUGCAAGCAAAACAAAUGAUAUCACACAAUACUACAAGGUCAAGCGCCGGGCGCACGGAGUCACCCACGAGAUCCACCCGAAGAAACAGGCCAAACAAAGCGAUCAGCAUCAAACGGUCACCUACAACAGCAAACAGCAGCAACAGCGCUACCACCACCACCAACAGCAGCAUCAGCAGCAGCAAUACGAAGUCGAACACGACGACGACGACGAUGAGACGACGACGAGCAAACCGGCCGGCAACGGAUCUUCUGCUCAUCACUCGCAUGCUCAGUUUGCGCGAACAGCGUCUCAGCAUCAGUCGACGGCGUCGCAGCAGCAGCAACAGCAUCAUCAUCAGCAACAGGCAUCGUUAGUCACAUCGUCGUCAUCGGCGGCAUCAACUGGAGGUGGAGGUGGUGGUGGAGGAGGAGGCGGUGAUCGCAAUCGGGCAGACACCUCGUUGGGUAUAUUGACGAAAAAGUUUGUGGAUCUGCUGCAGGAGUCACCGGAUGGUGUUGUUGAUCUGAACGAUGCCUCGAAUCGUUUGUCCGUGCAGAAGCGACGCAUCUACGACAUUACGAAUGUGCUCGAGGGCAUUGGCAUCUUGGAGAAGAAGUCCAAGAACAACAUUCAAUGGCGCGGCGGUCAAUCGUUGGUCAGCAACGAGCGUUCCCGUCACCUCGAAGCGGAAAACGAGCGACUCGAGCAGCGUGAAAAUGAGGUCAACACGCUUAUCGAUCAGAUGCGCAGCGAGCUGGCCGAUAUAUCGGGUGAGGUGGAGAAUAUCAGUGGCAUGGCCUAUGUAACGCAGAAUGAUCUGCUCAAUGUGGAUCUGUUUAAAGAUCAGAUUGUGAUAGUGAUCAAGGCGCCGCCAGAGGCCAGACUUGGGUUCUCAGAUCCAAAGGAGCCGCGUGAGAUUUUCGUCAAGUCGGAGAAUGGCGAGGAGAUAAAUGUGUUUCUGUGCCACGACAACUCGCCGGAGAAUUCACCGAUUUCCCCUGGCUCUGGACCCGAUUCGGGUUAUGCGCCAUCUGGCUCAUUGGCGGGCAGCAGCGGCCUGCGGACGGCGACGUCGACGCGACUGCAACACCUGACCAAUCAGCGGCUCAACGAUCCGCUGUUCAACAACAUUGAUGCCAUGAGCACCAAGGGUCUAGGCCAUACACCAUAUCGCGUAUCAGCCCAACGCAACCUCAGCAAAUCGAUUGAGGCGGCGGCCAAGCAAUCCCAGCCUGAAUAUAAUAACAUUUGUGAUAUUGGCGGCGUCAAGUAUGAACUGACUUCGCCACAGCAGCAGCAACAGCAAUCGUCGACGAAUCAUGUCGCCGACGACGAUGACGAUGAUGAUGUUGACGAGGAGCUAAAUCAAUUGGUGCCCACGCUGACCAGUCCUGUGGUGCGUAGCAGCGGACAUCACCAACACCACCAGCAGCAGCACCAACAGCAACAUCAUCAUCAUCCCCAUCAGCAGCAUCAGCAGCCGAACACUAUUCAGCAGCUUUUCAGCAGUCUAACAAAAUCGCCCACGCCAACGACGACGACAACAACGACGACAAGGCGACGUGGCAACAACAACAAUACGCUUAAUAGUCAUAACAACAACAACACCAACAACAGCAGCAGCAGCAACAAUUCCCAACCCCCCAACAGCAACAGCAGCUACAAUCAGCAACCGCAGCAACGACGCAGCGAUGUACCCAUGUAUAACUGUGCAAUGGAAGGAGCGACUGCGCCCUUUACUGUUAACAGCAACAGUAACAGCGGCAGCAAUCACAGCAACAACUCCUCGGCCAUGGGCUCGCUGCAGAUGCAGUUUGCAGCCGUCGCUGGCAAUGACAACAGCAACAACGGUGGCCUUGGCUUAACGGCAACAUAUGGCGACAUCUCUGGCGCUGGCGCCAAUGUUGCUCAUCAUCAGCAGCAGCAGCAGCAACAACAGCAGCAGCAGGAAUACACGCAUCAUAGUCGCAACUAUCGCUUGUUGCCGCCAGGCGUUGCCGACUGCGACGCUGACAGCGACGGCAGCAAUGCUGCGCUGCAAGGCCUCGAUGCACUGUUCAGUGAUAUCGACACGGACUACUUCAAUAACGAUGCAUUUGUGCCCAUCGUUCCACCGGAUGACAAUGAAUAUCCAUAUGCGCUUAACGCUAACGAGGGCAUCGAUCGCCUUUUUGAUUUUAGCUCCGAUGCCUUUGGGCCCUAAGAUCGAUCUGUUGAUCCAACAAAACACACACAAAAACACAAACAACAACAAAUCAACUGCGAAUUGGGGGAAUUUUUGGGGGUGUUUAUAAUUUUAAAUUAUAUACAAGGAAAGCAGCGCAUAUAACUUUAGAGAUGAUCUAUUAUUAUUAUUAUUAUUAUAUUAUUAAUAUUAUUAUUAUUACAAAUUAUCAAGUAAAGAAGCAGUUUAAAGAAAAUUCAACAAAAACAAAUUGUAGAAAACUUAAUGAAACUAAGUUGUGUGUAACAUUUUAAGCGUAAAAUCCAACCUACAUUUACAUUUAUAAUCCAAACGUAUUUUAAGUAAAAACAACAACAAAAAAAACAACUAAAAGAAAAAGAAAAACAAACAAAAAUGCCCUCACAAAAUGCAAAAACACAUUUUAUAAGCAAAUUUCAAUUUUUAGCCUUAACAAGAAAACGAAACAAAACUAAAACAGCAACAUCAAUGCUGAAUACUUAAUGCAAAAGAAGCAAAUCGAUGAGAAACAUUCAAAGAUGCCUCAUACAAAAAUAUUUUGCGCCAGAACUGUCUGUAAAUUAGAACACUCACACACACACAUACACCCAAAAACACACACCCACAAAAAACACAAACAAAACAAAAGCAAAAAACAUAAUUUUUAAUUAGUAAAACAAAAUAGUUAUUAAACUAAAUAUUAUAUGAAAAUAAAACAACUAAAAAAAAAAAACAAAACAAAAAAGGAAAACAACUAUAAGAAACAAGAAGAAA